AUGGAAAUCGAUCCGCAGCUGGAACACGGCCGACACGGGAACCCUCAACGGUCUUUUUACACGCCGACCCGACCGACAAUGAGCACAGGCCCGGAUUACCCUGAGCCUCCCUCCCACGCACCCCUAAACCCCUACCAAAGCCGGGAUACACAUGGUGAUGGACACGGGCACGGGCAUGGCCAUGGACACGGGGAGACGCACCCAUCUUUCUCGAUCGGUCCAGACAGCAAUCAAUCUCCAGAUCCGCACGACACAGCAGGCGACACCAAACGAUCGCGGGCAUGCGAGCCCUGCCGACAGCUGAAAGUGCGCUGUGACCCAGAUCCGACGCACCCGGAUGGGUCAUGCAAGCGCUGCGCGAAAGCGCGGCGGACGUGCGUUGUGACUGCGCCGACGCGCAAGCGACAGAAAAAGACAGACAGCCGGGUAGCGGAGCUGGAGAGGAAGAUUGAUGCGCUCACAGCGACGCUGCAGGCAUCGCAUUCGACGGGUGCGCUAUUCUCUGGUGGAGCGGGGCAAUCACCGUCUGGGCGGGAUGAGCAGCUGGCUGGUCGGAGGUGGAUGGGUGGAGAGCCGAAGAUGGCUGGAAUGAAACGGCAGCAUACCGGCGAAGUCAAGGAUUCGUCUGGUGGGCUGCUGGCGCCACGAUACUCGCGACCGGGUAGUCCGUCUGCGGAGCAGAUUCCCAGCCAUGCGUCCACGCAUUGGCGCAGACCUGUUGGUGGUGAUCCUGCGCCGUCGCUACCGAAGCAUGAGGCUGCGAAUGAGUUUGCUGAUAUGAUCGACCGCGGGAUUAUAGAUUACAAGACUGCCAACGCGGCAUUUGACCGGUAUAUCCAUCAAAUGGCACCGGAGCUGCCUUUCGUUGUUUUCCCUUCGGGGACUACGAUGGGCGAGGUUCGGCGCAAUAAACCCUACUUGUUCCUUGCCAUUAUCGCCGCUGCCGUUGCCGUCUUCAAUUCCGAUGCACAGCCGAUCCUCGUGAAUGAGUUUUAUCGUCUGAUCGCCGAGCAUGUUGUGGUCAAAGGCCAAAAGUCGCUUGAGCUGGUCCAGGCUAUACUGGUCUGUUCUAUCUGGUACCUGCCACCGGAUAACUUCGACGAGAUCAAGUUCUUUACUUUGACGCACAUGGCUGCGGUCAUGGCAAUGGAACUUGGAUUGAACCGUCGCAUCUCCGAUAAUAGACGGAGCUUCAAUAUGAUCCGCGAGCUAAUCAUUAAAAAGCCAUCGGGUCCGGCGUUUGAUCCAGAUGGACCGGAGGCAAGGCGGACUUGGGUUGGCUGUUAUUUCUUAUCUGUCCAGAUGUCGGCGGCUAUGAGGAGAGUACACCUGAUCACCUGGCAGCCGUACAUGGACCAGUGCCUUGAGAUUCUAGAAACUCACCCGGAUGCCCUGCCCUCCGAUCGGAAUUUGAAAUGGUGGAUAAAGCUGGGAUCCAUCAUGGAGGAUUCUUCACAUCACUUUUCUGACGAGGAUCCUGGGUCCAUCACCUCCUUCGCGGACAGUAAGGUGUGGUAUAAUAUAAAAGUAUUUGAGGAUAGAUUGGCACAGUGGAGAGAAGGGGUUCCGCGGGAUGUUUACACUGAGCCAAUGAUUCACAUAGAACAUGUUCUGAAUCUCUUCAUCCAUGGAUCUGCAAUGUGCGUGGACUACAAUACCGGCAUCAACUCUCCAUCUCAGGAUGAGUUGCACAACCCAUCAAUUGCGGCAGCCGUCAGUACGUUGACCACGGCUAUACGCUGCAUCCACGAGAGUCUGGACAUCAUUUGCGCCGUUGAGAUCGACCGACUUAUAUGUUUGCCCACCACGUCAAUAGCGCGGACAACGUAUCCCGUGGUCAGUUUGAUAAAAAUAUACUCACUGUUCAUAUCCCCGGACAGUCGAAUCAGGCAGAUUCUCGACGUGCAAAGUCUCAAACUCGAUUAUUAUCUGGAUAAAGUGAUCGCUCAUUACCGUGCCGCCGCGGCGCGUGAUGGUGGCCGUGUAGCAGCGAAAUUUGGAAACAUAAUGGUCUUGUUGCGCAAUUGGUUUAUCAAAAAGCGCGACCAGGGAGAUCAUGGCCGGGAAUUGAAAGAGGUCUUUUCCAAUGAUCAGAAACCCUCGGAUCGCCGACAGACACAGAACCGUGAUACCCCGAACGCUGCAUCUGCCAAUCCAAGAACGCAGAUGGCAGCGGGAAUGACACCCCUCCAUUUCCUGAGCGAAGUAGCCAUGGGCGACCCAGCGCACCGGGCGAACGAUCCCAACUCCCAACGCCCAAUAGCUGCACAAUCCUAUUCCUCUAACCAGAGUCCAAGCUCAACAGUGCCGGGCUCGUCCAGUUUUGGGCCAGAACCGCCCCAAACCGCCUGGUCACCUGGCACAUCAUACCCAACCACACUCCCGACCCCAGACUCGACCCAGAUGGAGACGAGGGGUUACUACCAACCCUAUCCAUCCACCGAACUCACACCGAAUUACCCAGAUCUACCGUCGAGUGCGCAGAGUCAGGGAUACCCGGAUAUGUCCACCGUUGCUGGGAUGCAGCUUGCUCCUCCGAUGGGAAUGGCCCCCGAGGUCGGCAUGGACCCGAAUUUCGGAGACCCUUGGUUUAUGUUAGGGAAUAUUAUGGAUGAGGGUCUGUCUACAUUGCCGCUUACUUUUGAUGGGAAUUUCGGAUUGUUUUAG